AGGAUAAUCUAUGGUACUUUUCAAAGCAGAGGAAAAUAGCUUAAAUAAAGUUGGUAUUCAGUAAAUGGCUUGGAAUACAAUACAAAUUGACAACUUUCCUUGCAUAAAAAUGCUUACCUAAAGCUGUCAAAUGCAACUGCUUCCAUAAUAAUUGGUCUGCAAUUUAAUUGCAAUGUUGUUGAGGAAUUAUUCUAGUUAAAUCUGUCCAGUAUCCCAAGAUGAACUCAGGCAAUUCUAGGACUACCAACCGGGCCUUGCAGCCAUCUGACCCUGUUCUCGUGUCUUGUUAGCAUCUAGUGCAGCCAGCCAGCAGAAUAGUGUAUAGUUGUCGGUGAGGCCGGCGAGGCGGAACACCAUUGUCGAGACAAAAUAACAUACAAGUUACACGAAAUAUAUAGAGCUAAAACUACAACGUCAGACGACGAACCAAGACAGAUAGCCUAAAGAUGCCUUCAGCAACAGUUGGCAACAAUGCUUUUCAGGCCUCCAGCCCAGAGUUGGGUUCUGGGACCCAGUCUGAGGCCAUGAAGCAGGUCCUGCAGGUGAUCGACAAGAAGGUCCGCAACAUGGAAAAGAAAAAGGGCAAGCUGGAUGACUACCAGGCCAAGAAGAAUAAAGGAGAACUGUUGAACCAGGAUCAGCUGGAUGCCUUGACUAAGUUCCAGGAAGUGACCAACAACCUGGAUUUUGCUCGGGAGUUGCAGAAGAGCUUCCUGUCUUUGGGGCAAGAGAUCCAAAAGGCAGUGAAGAAGUCUGCCCGUAGGGAGCAGCUGCAGCGGGAGGAGACGGAGCAGAGGCGGCUGAAGACUGUUCUGGAGCUGCAGUUCCUGCUGGACCGGCUGGGGGACGAGCAGACGAGGCAGGACCUGAAACAGCCCGCCGCAGGCUCCCCCCUGCUCACCGAUGCUGACCUCACCGCACUGGACAAUUUCUACAAGCUGGUGGGCCCUGAACGGGACCAUGACGUCAGGUUGACUGACCAGUAUGAGGAGGCCUCCCUACACCUAUGGGAACUGCUAGAGGGCAGAGACCAGGCUGUGGCAGGAACCACAUACAAGGCACUGAAGGAGACCCUGGACAAGGUGCUGCUGAGUGGCUAUUUUGACAGAGCACAAACGCAUCAGAAUGGAGUGUGUGAGGAGGAGGAGGUGGUGGAAGAAGAAGAGGAGGAGCAGUCUGUGGCGCAUGAGUCGUCUGGGAGUGGGGAGCAGCCUGCAGAACCAGAAGAAACAGUUACUGAAGAAUACACAGAGGCCGUUGAAGUAGAAGCCACGGAGUUUGUAAACAGACAGUUCAUUCCAGAAACCACAUACAGCAGGACUGGCAACGACCAAGUAGAGGAGUGGACGGCAGAGGCCCAGGUGGUCAACGCCCUCCAGCACCAGCCUCCUCCCCAGAUGGCCCCCGAGCCCCACACUGUGAACCCAGUCUCCCACACGCCUGACCCCGUGGUCAGGAAGCAGGUCGUACAGGACCUCAUGGCCCAGAUGCAGGGAACCUAUAACUUCAUGCAGGACUCCAUGUUGGAAUUUGAUGGCCAUGCCCUGGACCCAGCCAUCGUGUUGGCCCAGCCCAUGAAGCCUGUGCAGAGCGUGGACCUGCAGCAGAUGGGUCAGUUUCAUUCAGAAUCCAGACUUCCUCAACCAAGCUCAAUUCCUGAAUCUACACAAGUCCCCAUGGUAUCCCCCACACCUGAUGCCUACUCCUCCACACCACCCCUCUACCAGCCCUCCCACACAGCAGAGCCCCAGCCACAGACAGACAGCACCGACCACAUCCAGGCCUCGACGUCUCUGUCGUCUGAGCAGUCCCCCGCCCAGUCCUCCUUGCCCUCUGCCUUCCCGCCUGUCUCCACCCCCCACAGCGGCGGCAUCAAUGUCAACGCAGCACCAUUCCAGUCCAUGCAAGCGGUGUUCAACCUCAACGCCCCCGUGCCCCCCACUAACGAAGCAGACAGUCUGAAGCAGAACCAAUUCCCCAGCAGCUACGGCCAGGGCUUCAGCAGCCAGGCGGAGCACUCCGUGGAGCAGCCUGACAUCCAGCAGGACACGCUACAGUCUGGAGGCUUCCACACCCAAGACCAAGUGAUAUCGUCGGCAGCGGGCCACCAGGUGCAGUCGUCCCAGGGGCCAGGCUUUGGGCGGCAAGGCCAGUCCUUCUACAACAGCAGGGGGGCCGUGCCUCGCGGAGGCCCCAGGAACCCCCGGGGCAUGAUCAAUGCAUACAGAGGAUCCUCUAACGGUUUCAGAGGAGGAUAUGAUGGCUAUCGCCCUCCCUUCUCGAACACUCCAAACAAUGGUUAUGGGCAACAGGCCCAGUUCAGCACGGCUCCCCGGGACUACUCCAACAGCACCUAUCAGCGGGAGGGAUAUCAGCCAGGCUACAAGCGGGGAGCAGCCCAGGGACCUCGGGGUUGCUCUCGAGCGGUUGCAGGCCGGGGGGGACUGUUUAAGCCCAGCCGAGGGAUGGUGACCCAAAUGGCUGCACAUCAAGCCAACUAGUCUUGGAUACCAACGCCUCUUCUACCCUCCACCUUGGGCAACCUUAAACAUCACCUCAACACUCCUGGACCACCCUUCCCCUUAUCUGACUGUUCCUCUCCAUAUCAACCUCUAGUUUGGUUUGGUGAGGCCUGGGUCUGAAGCCAUACAUGCCACCCUUAACUCCUGUCAGAUCUUUAGCUUUCUCGCAAUCAUAUGCUAUUGCAUUGCCUUAAACUGAUCAAGCUGGAACACGUGUGCCUUUGCUGUUGGACUGUUUAUUUGGGUCUCUGCACAAUAGGCAAUAAUUUACAAAUCAGUGGCUGGGGCUAGUGACAGGCUUUGGAAGCAUGUUAUAAAAGACCAAACAAUAUGUUGACUAAGGUCAGACCACACAAGGAAAUGUUUUUGUCUCAAUGUGAAGGUUGUGUGUACUGUACAUUGUAUUGCCAUGGCAUGUUUGGGAGUAAGGUCUGUCCAAAUGGUGUGCAGUCUAAGCAGGUUGUAGGUCUGACUGAAUGACGGACUGCUCAUUAAGAGUACUUUGGUCUAGCCAACUGAGGCAUUUGAGAGAAAGGCAUUUGAAGGACUGUUUACCCAAAAUGAAGAUUUCCUGUGUGUACAUUUUGCUCUGGCCAUAUGGUAGCUGUUAGUGAUGCACUGAAUAAAUGCACUGUUCUGUAAAUUUGCGUUUGUCACUUCAUAUCUGCUCUGUCCAAAAACAUCAUACCUUGGAAAUGAUGUCAACCCUGGAGGUCUGUAGAAUGUAAGGAUUGUGUCAACUUCAUAGCUAUAAAGAAACAAGUAAUCACCACUUUAUACUGUCUUAAAUUUAACAAAAGUCUACAGCAAUAUUGAUGUUUUCCUGUGCAACUGGUCACCUGAAAAUUAAACUAAUCUUUUGUACAAACAACUAUGGAACAUUUUAUACAAAGUAAAAUUAGGCACACCUCUGGAUGGUGCAGGAGAAAAUAGCAUUUGCCCGAGCUAGCAGAAUUUGGUAAAAGUAAACCAACAUAAAGGCCCAAUAUAGGACAGACUGGGGGUGAUUUGCUGAGUACAAAAGGUAGACCUCAUUGCCUGGUAAUGGGCAUGUUCAGUAUCAAUACAUGUACUGGCCUUGGCCAAGACACACCUGCAGGUCAUUAGGAACAGUAACCUUAUUCAAGCACAAACUUGAAAACAAGACGUGAUUACUUAUAAUCUCCACAGAAAUAACCAGAUCAUCAACUGAUUCUUACAUUUGCAAAUCAGUUAAGAUAAUACAAAGAGCUGGCUAUAGUAUAGUUACCACAAAAGUAAUGUACUGAAAAAUAAGACUGCAAUCCACUCAGGUUUCCCAUGACUAGUGCCCAUAA